UGGGCGCGGGCCCCGACGGCGACAUGGCCGGCUCGCCGCACUACAGCCUCCGCUGGAACAACCACCAGACCCACAUCCUGCACGCGUUCGACACGCUGCUGCAGAGCGAGGCGCUGGUGGACGUGACCCUCGUGUGCGAGGACACUCGGCGCGUCCGGGCGCACAAGGUGGUGCUGUCGGCAUGCAGCCCCUUCUUCGAGAAGAUCUUCGCCGAGACGCCGUGCAAGCACCCCGUCAUCGUCCUCAAGGACAUCCGGUCGUGGGAGCUGCAGGGCAUCGUGGACUUCAUGUACAAGGGCGAGAUCUCGGUGGUGGAGGAGCAGCUCUCGUCGCUCAUCAAGGCGGCCGAGUCGCUGCAGGUGCGCGGGCUGAGCCACCACGACCAGAUGCCGGCGCAGGCGCGCGGCCACGGCCACGGCGACCGGCACGGCGACCGCCACUCCGGCAUGUCCGGCCGGCAGUCGCCGCCCCAGGUGUGCCUGGAGAAGUUCCCGCACUACCCCGGUGCCUACCACAAGGACGACGCCAUGAGCCCGCACAACGGGCCCGGCGCGUCGUCGCCGUACUCCCCCUCGCCGUCGGACAGGGACCUGCGGCUGUCGUCGCCGCUCCGGCUGCCCACCAUCCCCCACAUCUCCUUCUCCGACAACCCUCCCACGCCGUCGGGCGACCACUUCUGCUCGUCGCCGCUGCCCAGGAGAAAGCAGGCGAGGCCGCGCAGGAGGUCAGGGGAACAGAGCGGCGAAGGUCGCGAGGGCCGCGGCGCGCUCGGCAUGGGCGCCAUGGGCGGCAUGCUGCCUGGCAGCCUGGCCGGCAGUCUGGCCGGCAGCCUGCCCCAGGACCUGAGCAAAGCCACCUCCUCGCCCACCGCGGAGCGCCCCGAGCGCCCCGACCGGAUGGAGCGCCUGGAGCGCCUGGACAUGGCCGAGAACCUAUCGACCAAGAGGAGCCGGCCUUCCAGUGUGGGCCUCCCCGGCGAGCGGGGCGAGCGUAGCGGCCACUCGUCCAGACAGACCACCCCCGCACCGCCCACCACGCCCAACGCAAUGCCUCCGAGUCUAAAGCACGAGAGCGAAGAAUCUCAGUCCGCCGACUGCCUCGACAUGUCGAACCCGGAGAGGCGAGACUUCCCCAACCACGUACCAGACCACCCGCACCCCGGCCUCCUUGGACUCCGACCAGAUUCAUCGCUAGACAACCCCGGCUUCCCUACUAUGCCUUCACUCUCGGCCUUGGCACUGACAACUCCUCAGCACGUCUUCCCUCUGGACUCUCAGCUCGGCUUGUUCCCCGGCAUGGAGGCGUGCCGAAACCCGCUGCUGAACGACCUGCCCGAGUCCCGCAACGAAAACCACCACCUCCCCAACCCCAACCCCAACGCCGGCCCCGUCUCCGGCUCGGGCCCGACCACUAGCGGCAAGCGGAGCAAGAGCAAGUGGCAGGACGGUAAGUCAGGUCGACCCAAGGGCCAGCACUCUGCGCCGCGCGGAGGCCCGCCCCGUUCGUGGACCAACGCGGAGCUCACUGAGGCCCUGCAGCACGUGUGGAACAAGAAGAUGACGACGUCGCAGGCGUCGCGCAUCUUCGGCAUCCCCUACAACUCACUGCUCAUGUACGUGCGCGGCAAGUACGGCAAGUCGCUCAAGCUGGAGCAGCUGCGCAAGGACUGCCAGGGCGGGCCGAUGGGGCCGCUCGAGCUGCUGGGACUGCCGCCGCUUGGCCACAACAACAACCAGAUCACCACCAAGGAGCAGCACAUGGAGCGCAUCGACAGGCUGGACCGCGACAUGGACCGCGACGUGCCCGCCAUGCCCGAGUCCGAUCUCAUCAUGGGGCCCAACUUCAGCCCCUACUCGGCCGGCAACUUCUACCCGGACUUCAGCUCGUUCCCCAUGCCCGUCAGCAUGGUGCACUUGCUGCCGCAGUCCGACAAGAACCGCCUGAACCAGGCCGGCGCGGGCCAGCUGCCCCUGGCGCUGGACUUCGCCAGCUUCCGGGGGAAGGACGACCUGGAGCACGACGAGAGGGAGCGGGACCGGGAGAGCGAGCGGGACCGCAAGCGGGAGCGCAAGGCGGCGCAGGCGCACCAGGUCAUCCUGCGGGAGCGCGAGCGCGAGCUGCAGCAGCAGCAGCGGGAGAUGCUGCAGCAGCGGCGGGAGCAGCAGGACCGCGAGAUGAUGCGGGAGCGGGAACGAGAGCGGGACCAGCGGGACCAACGCGACCAACGCGACCAGCGGGAACGAGAGCGGGACCCGCCGUCCUCGCCGCGGUCCUCGCAGUCCACGCCGCAGCCGCCCGUGGCCCCCGCCACGCCGCCCUCGCCCACGCAGGAGAACAACAACACCAACACCGACAAGCUGAUGAAGACCCAGGACCUGAUGGCCUUCCGCGCCUGCGGGGUGGCCAGCCCCAAGGACUUCCCCAAGGACGACCCCAUCCCCGUGUCCGCCAUGACCCCCGUGCCCACGCCGCCCCUGGCGAUGCUGCCCGCCCAGCCGGAGCUGGUCGAGUUCAACGGCCAGGAAUAGAAUUGUGGGCAGGAUAAGAAGUAUGCCAAGAAGCAGCAGCAGCCACCGCCAGUGUCAGGGGAAGACCUAGACAGACUCAGCAAGUUCGUCCCCGUCUUGAUCUACUAGCAUAUCAGUAGUUUUUCUUAACUCUCCCCCAGUUAUGUAGCGUAGACGUUUCCACUGCAGCUACAGCUUGUGUUGUCCCGUGUCCCACCUGAGCCGGCCGCCUAUCCUUGUGACUGGGAUAGAAACACGAAAACUGCUUGCUUCGUACUUACUUAUCCUGCACACGAUUUAACCACUUUCGGUUUUUGGGCCGGGUCUUAUGCAGGGUGCAAACGCGAACGCAAAAGAAGAGGAGGACGUGGCGCGCCACGCGUUACAAUGUGUAUACUAAAACUAAAGAGAAACGCUGCCACUUGUGCCCAUGGCUUGUUCUCUUGUGAUUCUAAGUCAGUGCUGACCUCUUCAUAACCAUGGUGCACCAGGACAUUACUGUGACACUGUUACUUUCAUUCUUUCUUUUUAAUUUACCAUGACUAUCAAAGUGUGCAAGUGAUGAACUUGUAGUCCAUUUUGUGCUAGGAUUAUUCACGAACUAUGCCAGUGAUAGGACAGCUGUGUGGAUGUGGUGUGACUACAUUCCUGUUUUCGGUGAUGUGUGGGUAGAAACCAAAAAUAAAUGCAUGCAUGGACAUCAUGCUAGUAUAUGGUGUUAAGUGAGAACUCGAAUGCUGAGUGUAAACCAUGAUGGAUGUAAUUCUGCGUUAUUGUAUAAUUUGUUUGUGUUACUGUUAAACGUCACAUUAUAUUUUAAGUGCAGACCCAUCAUUGGUCUUUUUACACAGCUCGAUAUACUCACUUACAUUUUCUAUCAAUGCAUCUUAAAUUAAAUUAUUAUAUGUGAUACAUCAUUGUUUUUCUUAUAUUUAUUUCCUUUAAAAUAUUGUCAGUUAACGAAGUGGUGAUCUGCAUUUUGCAUUCUUCUGCAAAUUAUCUGUUUUAGUUAUAGUUCAUGAUUUUUUGGAAGCACUGGUUUCAAACUGAGUAGUACAGAUUCAAUAUACUUCUAAAGAAAAUAGAUUGUUGAAAUCCCUGCAAGCAAAGCAAUCCCUGUGAAAGUUUGUAUUAGUUACAUUGCCUAUUUACUAUAUCUUAAGAGUUACAUUCUGUAAGAGUCGAUAUAGUACCUGUGCUUCCCUUGAGAAUAUUGCAGUACAUACCGAAUGAUGAGUUGGGGCUUGUUAUGUUUUAGUGCUUGCUGCUAGCCGUCACUGUGCUGCUCAUCGGAUGCUUGAGCAGUUUUACAUUUGCCAAUGAUCUAUAGAGAAGACUGACUUCAUUCUUGUUUCAAUUGAAGAAAUAUAUUUCUUCAUCACCACUUAUAUUUAUAACAAUUAACUACUACAGUUCCUGCAGAGAUUUUAUACCAAAUAUUGCAUUUUCAUGCAUAAGGUUUGUGUUACAAUAGUUGUAAGAAUUUAACCAUAUUUUUAUCCAUAUUAUACAGAUGACAUUUGUUUUGUUAUUCAUCCAUCUAUGGGACAGUAUACACUUUGUACAUCAAUUUUCAGAACUUUCAAUAGUUGAAUGAAUGUUGCAGAAAAAGUUUUUCCCCCUCAGAAUCACCUGACAGAUCUAUUGUGGGUGAAAAUGUGAUCUUUAUUAAUAUUUUAAUUGGUUACGUGCAGAAAUAUUUCUGUGUUGUUGGAUUGUAGCGAUAGGGCCCAAGGACAUCUCUUUAACUAAUAUAUUUUGUAAAUAUUGUUUAUAUAGUAACCUUGCCAUGUGGAACGAAAGUAGUGAAAUUAUCUUAAAUUAUAGGCAGUGUCUGGUUCUCAGUUUCUUUUGAUGUAUUCACUACUAUUGAUCUAUUGUUCAUCAUAUGUAGUGCUCGCUCUAUCCUUUUGAUGUAAUUACAUUAGAGACAUGAAAAAAUGAUUUUAAUUGAUAUUGUUGUGAUGUAUUGGACAUUCAAAAUCCCCGAUAAUGGAUAAUAUCAUCAUAAAGUUAAUUUGGGAAAGCAAAUGUGCUUUCGGCUCUUGUUAUGUAAAAAUUCUUACAAUUAUGUGGAGCACAAAGCUCCAUUUUAAGAUAAUUAAUCCCUUAUCAUCCUUGCUAUUAUAUAAUUAUUGUUACUACUAGCACUCAUGUCAUGUCUAAUUUAAUAAUGUAUUUCAUUGAGAGCAUCAUGUUCAUGAACAAAUUCUUCUUUUCGCGCGAGUGUAUGUAGUGGUCGAUAGAGCUCCAUGAAUAGAGUAGCGCAAUAUUUGAAGGAAUAUUUUUAAUUCUAUGCACUGCAGAAAAUACAUUCCAGCUAACAGUUAAUGUUUCUGAUACAAACUUCAUACCACUGCAGAUCUCUAUACUUACUUAAUUUACAGGGUAAAAUAUUCAUCAAUUUAUUCAUAGUUAACAGAUUAUUGUUACUUUAUAUACUGAUUCCCCCAUUUAAGCAAAGGUAAACUCUGUUAUCAGAUACAACUUAAUAAUUCAAUAAUUCAGGCUCACUUGCUGCUCCCAGAGUGCAGCACACAAGUCCUACAUGUUAUGAAUCUGUGAUUGAUCUCUCAAGAAGUUUGUCAUAUAUCAUGCUUUUUGUAUAUUGGUGUCCCAAUUGCUUACAAUUUAAGUCCGAGUGUUUUGGACCAAGAUGUUAUUGCGCUCAUGAACCACUCCUAUCCUUGUGCUGUGCUCAUAUCACCAGUUAAGUCCUAUUUGAUUACAAUAUAUCCCUCCCAUAACAUUUUUAUGCUACAGUUCAUAGAUUAAGAAAAGAAUGUCUAUUUUAUCUGCCUUACCACAACUGUUCCUACACAUCUUCCAUAGUUAAACAUGUAUCUUCACUAUUUAAUGAAAGCAAAUCACACUAUCAAACAAAACUGUUAAUAUUAUCUCUCUGUCUACGGUGCAAAAUGGUUUGCCAGAAUGUAUUAGUAACUCCUCUCAGCAUCAUUUAUUUUGCGUGUUUUAAACACAAUGGCACAAUUUUAUGAACAGUACGGUACUGUUCAAUAAAUAGGUUUGAGAGACUCAUGCGUCCAGUGCCAACGGGUUAAAGUCAAAGAUUUUGCGAAUAAAAGGUUGUGCAGUUGAAGUAUUAAUAAUUGCUUUAGGUUUGAAAGUGGUUAUUAUCAUUUUCUCAAUUCAAGAAGAAACACAAUUUUAUUCCUUGUUUACAAUUUGCACUUUUUUUGAAAAAGGGUAUAGUUUAAAGUUCCUUUUUAUGUUAAACACUUUUCUUGUUUUGAACUCGUAAAUGUUUAUGAUUGUCAUUGUUUCAUUGUAAAUUUGUUAGUUUUUGAAGUCGUUCCUCAUCUUUAUGUUUUAUGAUUUGGUGAUGGUAAUUGCAAAAAAAAAUGUAAUAUGGAUAGCUUAAUAAUAUGCAACAUCAUUAUGACUACUACAGAAAGUGGAAAUUGAAAUAGUAUACCUCCUUUCAUACCGAAAACAAAGUGAAUGCGGAAAAUGGUAGUCUCGUUAUUAAUCAUGUAAUAUAAUUGUAUGUCACGGUUAAGUAUGCAAAUGAUCAAGAGUAACUGGGUCUCCAAAUAUAAUUUGCUGGGAAAGGCUUCCAAUUGAGUGGUUCUACAGUUUUUAAGUAGAUGUCAAGGUGCUAUCGUAGUAAGAUGGUGGGUGGGUACUAUUCUAGGACUUCAAUUAUUGUCUGUUUACUGCAAUAGCUGGAUUAUAUACUACUGGUGCUAUGUCGUAAGUCUGUUCUGAUCUUGUAUGGUUCCUAUUCAUUGAUAGAGACUUGUGUAGGGGAAAGCUGUAUUGAUGAUAACGGUGCUCUUGAACUGUGAUGUUAAUUAUAGCAUUGCACCGCUUUUAUUCACUUUCCAGUCCUUCAUGAACCACUCAGUUUGGAGUUUGCCUGACCCUACUGAUACCCUGAUUUUGAAUCAUUUCUCAAGGCUUUCUUUGUUUUAGUUCCUCUAUGUUGUGCAUACUCAUUUUUUUUGUAUAUUUUGUUUAUUUGUUUACAUUUAUGAUGUAAAUGAUAUUCAAUGUGAGGCUGUUUUGUAAGAGGGCUCUCAGUCCUCUGGGGAUUUUCCCUUUAGAUCAUUUGACUGUAUCUGGGACAAAGAUGUCCUUUACAAAAGUAACGCCUUGAAAGCGUUAAGUGAUAAUAUUGCAAAGCAACACUGACUAGUUUGAAUUUUGUUCUGUUUAGUUUUUCUUAUUUGUUUCUUAUAUGUUGGCACAAACCAUCAUAAUUUACAAAUGUUACUUCAGAACAUUUUAUGUUGUAAUGUGUGAUGAUAGUAUUUAUUGAAAUAAGAAUACCAAUUCUUAUAAAACAAAGUUCAACCCAUUUUUAGUUUAUUUUUUAUUUUUCCAGAAUCCCCCUCCUAUAAAGAAAACAUCCACUAUGUAGUUGUGCAUUAGACGUUGGCAAAUUUUAUUUGCCCAGCUGCUCUGUGGUGGCUGAGUGAGAUUUUCCUGAAGGUUUAAGUUCCUUAGCCUCUUUUGGCACCAUUGCCCUAAUGUGGCCUGUGAAUAUAUACACUCCUUAAACUGAUCAUUUUAUUUUAUAAAAUUUUCCCUAAAUCCACUCUGAAAGGAAAAGGUACACCCCAUAUAGUGGCAUCUCAUUAAUUUAUCAAUGCAGCUCUCUUGUUUCUGGGCUACAUAAGUAACAUUUUCACGAUGAGUUCAUUACCAAUGUGAAACACAUCUACCUCAAUCCUCUCAACUGAUACAGGCAUUAAAGUCUCUCAUUUGUAGACUUCAAUAACCAAGAAGGAAAAAAAACGUAAAUAUCGAAAAGCUAUCCUAAACGUUCUUCUUAAAAAUAGCUUUUAUUUUUUAUCUGCUUUUCUCUCAGUGACGAUAUGCUGCAAUUUGUAUUAUUUAGUCAACAUCUGUUGUACUUUGGCCACAUGUUUGAUUACUAUUUCUUUACAACACUUGAGUUGCAUAACUGUCUUUGACUAAGAAAGGGACUCUGGGUUCAGGACUUUCUCAUUUCUUAAUUAUUGGUGCUAUCUUGUAUACUAUUAAUUUAAAAAUUUAAUAGUUUUGGUAUAAGAUUGCAAAAUUUAGGGGCUCUUAAAUUCCUUGCCAAACAGAAUCCCAUUUUAUGUUUGCAUAGAGAUCAUUGAAAGUUUCUCGCAAAGCAGUAAAUAUUGUUCAGUCUGUUGUUUAUGAUUUUACUCACAAGGCUUCCAUGUCAUUAUGACUAGUCUUGGUGUGUUUUGAAAAAGAAUCUUAAGUGCAGGUGUCUGCUAUUGUAUCAUAAAUGUGUAAUGUUGUGUGUUUUCACUACGAUAGAUGUACAUAGAAAGUUGGUGUUUGUUAAAAUUUUGUGAAUAUACUAGCUACAUCAUUGACCUCUAAACAUAAAUGGUCUGGAAACGACCAAGACAAAUGUAUUUGGCUGAUAAACAUUUGUUUCCGCGCUAUGUGAAAAAAACAUAUCGCAAAAGGAUUCUGUAAACUAUGUUUUGUAGAAAUAGGUUUUUAAUAUAUGUAAAUAAAUUUAUGAGCAACAAAA